AUGUCUGUUGUGGAUGUUGGUUUGAGUCCGAUUUUUGAAGAAUCGGGUCAUUUUCUUCCUGGUUAUUGGGGUCAAAAGGGACCGGUAAUUGAGGAUUCAUCGAUUCUAAUAUAUAUCAGUGUGGGUGGUUCUUCAAUUCCUAUGAGGGUUUUCGAGUCUGAUUCUAUAGCUGCAGUGAAGCUAAGGAUUCAGACAAGUAAAGGCUUUGUAGUGAAUAAACAGAAAUUAGUUUAUGGAGGGAGGGAAUUGGCUAGAAAUGAUUGUCUUGUUAAGGAUUAUGGGGUCACUAGUGGCAAUGUUUUGCAUUUGGUUCUCAAGCUCUCGGAUCUCUUGUUUAUCAUUGUAAGGACCAACUGUGGAAAGGAAUUUGAGUUUCAUGUGGAUAGGUAUAGGAAUAUUGGGUACAUAAAGCAACGGAUAUUUAAAGAAGGGAAAGGAUUUGUUGAUGUUGAGGAGCAACAGAUCUUUUAUAACGGCAAAAAGCUUGAUGAUCAGAAAAUUGUUGAUGAUAUAUGCGAUGAUAGUGAUGCUGCCAUUCAUUUACUGGUUGAAAAAUCUGCCAAAGUGAGGGCUAAGCCUCUGGAGAAGGAUUUUGAGAUUUCGGUAGUGGCAGCGAAAUCCACCGAGAAAAGAGAUGGAUCGAUAGCUGGAGGACAUAAUCGAUCUGAAGAGGUUUCUGUUCUCUCUAGGGAGCAAUCUGGUAGAAAUUUCUUGUUGGAACCUGUUAUUGUUAACCCUAAGGUGAAGUUGAAUUCAGUUUUUUGGAAUAUGAUUGACUCUACAUUUGAUGGAUUGGAGAGAGGUAAUGCACCCAUCAGAUCUUCUGAGGGAACAGGAGGGACCUAUUUUAUGCAGGAUCCAUCAGGUCAGGAGUUUGUAUCUGUUUUUAAGCCUGUCGAUGAGGAGCCUAUGGCUGUGAAUAAUCCCCAGGGGCUGCCCGUGUCAUCCAAUGGUGAAGGAUUAAAAAAAGGGACAAGGGUAGGAGAAGGAGCGGUGAGAGAAGUAGCAGCUUACAUAUUGGAUCAUCCAAGGAGUGGUCCGCGGGCAGUAACAGGAGAAGUUAUGGGCUUUGCUGGUGUACCCCCUACGGUCAUCGUUCAAUGCUUGCACAAAGGAUUUAACCAUCCAGAAGGGUUUGAAAAUGCUAUGGAGUACGCCAAAAUAGGGUCUUUACAGAUGUUUAUGAAGAACGAGGGGAGCUGUGAGGACAUUGGUCCUGGGACUUUUCCAGUGGAGGAGGUGCACAAGAUCAGUGUGUUCGAUAUAAGAAUGGCCAAUGCAGAUAGGCAUGCUGGAAAUAUAUUGAUCAGCAAAGGGGAGGAUGGUCAGACAGUACUCGUUCCAAUUGAUCAUGGUUAUUGCUUGCCUGAGAAAUUUGAAGAUUGCACAUUUGACUGGCUUUACUGGCCGCAAGCCCGCCAGCCGUACCCACCAGAAGUUGUUGACUACAUAAACUCUCUGAAUGCUGAACAUGACAUUGCACUACUGCAAUUCUAUGGAUGGAAUAUUCCUCUUGAGUGUGCCCGCACUCUUCGUAUCUCAACUAUGCUUCUGAAAAAAGGGGUAGAGAGAGGUCUCGCUCCUUUUGCCAUUGGAAGCAUCAUGUGUAGAGAGAACUUGAACAAGGAAUCUGUGAUUGAGGAGAUUGUUCGUGAAGCAGAAGAUUCCCUGCUCCCUGGUAUGAGUGAAGCUACAUUUCUCGAAGCUGUCUCCAAUAUCAUGGACUACCGACUUGAUGAGUUCACCAAUAAUUUCCGUUCAGGCAAUGGAUUCUCCAAAGGAAUCUUCAUCUAG